AUGACCUCCGUGUACAAGCCUGACCUCUCCGGCCUGCCCACCUUCAACGUCGCUGGCGGUCGUCCUGACGGGCGCUUCGGUACCAGGGGCUCCUUCACUCUCGGGGUGCGUAUCAUGUCCGGUGGCCAUGCUCGCGGCGUACCGCGUGAGGCCGAGGUCGACCACGGCAAUGUCCGCCGUGCGCAAGCCGGACCUCUCCGCCGAGGCCCGCACUUACGCCAUCCGCCCCACGGAGCGCCUCGGAACCCGGGGCCGCUUCACGCCGGGAGGACGUCGUUGGGUCGGAUCUCUCCGCCGUGGCCCACUGCCAUCCGCCCUACGGAGCGCCUUGGCUCCCGGGGCCGUUUCACCUCGGGCAUCCGCGGCUGGGCCGGUGGGAAGCCUCCCGACGUGACACUCCCGCGCGUGCGCGACCCGGGUACCGUCCUCUUCGAGUCCGCCUCGGAACGCAGCAGGCCCUCCUUGUCCUUCUCGGGCGAGACCAACGUAUCGGGCGGCAAGGAGGACGAGGCUCGGGGAGGGCCGCUGCAAGUUCAGGCGGCGUUCACGAGCGAGGUAGAACUGCUUUGGCGCGAGGGAGGGCAGAGGGAGCACAAGUACCGCCGCUGCGGGCCCAGUCACUACGUCACCGGCGUGUCUAUCCCAUUCGGCGACAUGCCGGCCUCCUGA